UGUGCGCGCAUUCGAAGACUUGAGUUUUAGUUUCUCAGCGGCUUUGCUGGCGUUCAAGUCGAUAGUUUCCCGUUGUUUAAGACACACAAAAGAAAAACGUUUGCCGGCCCAUACAUAAACACAGCUUGAGAGCACAGCAGCAACAACAUGAAUGGACCCAAACAUAAACUCUGCACUAAAUUAUCCAGCACAUAUCUGCGCAAAUGGUGGAUCAUAAUUGCAAUUGGCGCGCUGCUUUUGAUUGGCGGCAUAUUUGUGGCAUGUGAGUUCUCAUUGCUUAUUAAUGCUGUAAUAGAUCGUAUGAUAGCAUUACGUCCUGGUGCCAAGACCUUUGGUUGGUGGGCAAAACCGCCGGUUGAGCCACGAAUUAGUUUGUAUAUAUACAAUGUGACAAAUGCGGAUGAUUUUCUAAGUAAUGGCUCAAAGGCCAUUGUCGAUGAGGUGGGACCCUAUGUCUACAGUGAGACGUGGGAAAAAGUAAAUAUUGUAGAGAAUGACAAUGGUACACUGAGCUAUAAUCUGCGUAAAAUAUAUAAAUUCCGCGAAGAUUUGUCCGCUGGGCCUGAAGAUGAUGUGGUUAUAGUUCCCAACAUACCCAUGCUGAGUGCCACCUCGCAAAGCAAGCACGCAGCCAGAUUUUUGCGCUUGGCUAUGGCCAGCAUUAUGGAUAUAUUAAAGAUCAAGCCUUUUGUGCAAGUCUCUGUGGGUCAACUACUUUGGGGCUAUGAGGAUCCGCUACUUAAGCUGGCGAAGGAUGUAGUGCCUAAGGAACAAAAGUUGCCCUACGAGGAAUUCGGUUUGCUCUAUGGCAAGAACGGCACCUCUUCCGAUCGCAUUACAGUCUACACGGGCGUUGACAAUGUCAAUCAAUACGGCAUCAUUGACAAGUUUAAUGGACGCACACAUUUACCCCACUGGACCACUGAUGAUUGUAAUCGUCUGGAUGGCACUGAUGGCUCCAUAUUUCCGCCGCAUAUAACCAAGGAUCGUGUACUAUACGUCUAUGAUAAGGAUCUGUGCCGUUUAUUGCCAUUGGUAUUUGAGAAGGAAGUAAUGACCAGCAAUGAGGUGCCCGGCUAUCGAUUUACACCACCCGAGUGGGUCUUUGCCGAUGUCGACAGCCAUCCCGAUAAUAUGUGCUACUGUCCGGCGGGAAAGCCAAGCUGCUCACCCAAUGGCCUCUUCAAUGUAUCACUCUGUCAAUACGAUUCACCGAUUAUGCUUAGCUUUCCACAUUUCUAUUUGGCCGAUGAUAGUUUGAGAACCCAAGUGGAAGGCAUUUCUCCACCCGAAAAGGAACGUCAUCAGUUCUUCUUUGAUGUGCAACCCAAAAUGGGUACCACUUUGCGUGUGCGCGGUCGUGUGCAAAUUAAUCUGGCUGUUAGUCAGGUGUUUGACAUUAAGCAGGUGGCAAACUUCCCCGAUAUUAUCUUUCCCAUAUUGUGGUUCGAGGAGGGCAUCGACAUGCUUCCCGAUGAGGUUACAGAUCUGAUGCGUUUUGCUGAGCAUGUGCCGCCUAAGAUUCGCAUUGUGCUCAUUGUCGCACUCUGCGCUGUCGGCGUCUGUCUGUUGCUGCUCUCAACAUUUUGUUUGAUACGCAAUUCGCAUAGGCAGAGCACACUGCACUUGGAAGGCUCGAAUUAUUUGGCCACGGCGCAGGUGGACAUGAAUAAGAAGCAAAACAAGGAUAACAAUCCCAGCACCAGCGGCAACAACGCCGGCACACGAUAUUGAACUUGGAUUGGACAUUAAUAUUGGCGAUCUUUAGUUUAUAGUUUUUGUAGCUAGGAGAGCACAGUUUGUGUGUUAGUCUAAAACAAAUGGAGCUGGGAAGACUUAUGUAUGUAUUUUGUCUGUAUAGUAGGUCCUCGUUAGUAAGUAAAACAUUAAUAUGAUAAUAAUAAUAUAUGUAUUUAGCUUGUAGGUGCAUAGUCUCUAUUAACGGUCGUGAUCGCUAUAAGUCUCAAAUUGUUGUUUUAUAUGAAAUUCCUCCCCCACCCGCACAACUCCCCCUCCCACUCUAACGAACUUUUUUUAGAGCUCAAAUGGUUUUUAGGCCAACAAAACAAUUCGCAAAUCAAUUAAUAAGGCAACGUCCCUCAUAUGAAUACUGCUAAUUAAACCAAAAAAGAAUUCAUAAUUGAUAUAUCUUUUGGACAACUUCCCGAUAUUAACGAUUAAAUCGAAAAUCUGUAACUAUAUUUGUAUAAUAUAUAUUGA